GAGCGAAGGCGGUGAGGCAAGAUGGCGGCAGCCAAGAGGAAACGGCGUGGAGAUUUGGCGGUUCAGGCGAAGAAGCCAAAACGAAGCAAAAAAAAUGCUGGGGCCCCCGCUGAACAACUCGACAUCGCAAAGGAGGAGGAAGAAGACAGAAACCGUAUCCCAGGCCCCGUAUGCAAGGGCAAGUGGAAGAAUAAAGAACGGAUUCUCAUCUUUUCUUCUAGAGGAAUAAAUUUCAGAACAAGACAUUUAAUGCAGGACUUGAGAACACUGAUGCCUCAUUCUAAAGCAGAUACUAAAAUGGAUCGAAAAGAUAAAUUAUUUGUGAUUAACGAGGUUUGUGAAAUGAAAAACUGCAAUAAAUGCAUCUAUUUUGAAGCUAAGAAAAAACAGGAUCUCUAUAUGUGGCUUUCAAACUCACCUCAUGGACCAUCUGCUAAAUUCCUUGUUCAAAAUAUUCAUACCUUAGCUGAACUGAAGAUGACUGGAAACUGUUUGAAAGGUUCUCGGCCCCUUUUGUCUUUUGACCCUGCUUUUGAUGAAUUACCACAUUAUGCUUUGUUAAAAGAACUCUUAAUUCAGAUCUUUAGUACACCACGGUAUCAUCCCAAAAGCCAACCAUUUGUGGACCAUGUAUUUACUUUCACCAUUUUGGAUAACAGGAUAUGGUUUAGGAACUUUCAGAUCAUAGAAGAGGAUGCUGCUCUUGUAGAAAUAGGACCUCGUUUUGUCUUAAAUCUAAUAAAGAUUUUCCAAGGAAGUUUUGGAGGACCAACUUUAUAUGAAAAUCCUCAUUACCAGUCACCAAACAUGCAUCGGCGUAUCAUAAGAUCCAUCACAGCUGCAAAAUACAGAGAGAAACAGCAAGUGAAAGACGUACAGAAACUGAGAAAGAAAGAGCCAAAGACUCUUGUUCCACAUGAUCCCACCGCAGAUGUUUUUGUUAUACCAGCUGAGGAAAAACCGAUAGAAAUACAGUGGGUAAAACCAGAGCCAAAAGUUGAUUUGAAAGCAAGAAAGAAAAGGAUUUAUAAAAGGCAAAGAAAAAUACAACAGAAGGCGGCCAACAGGAAAGCAAAAUGAAUCAAUGAAUAAUUUGUUUUCAGUUACCUUAUAUUUAUAUAAUUUCUUACUCAGUGUGUAAGUACUUUUAUGUCUAAUUAGUGCAGGAUUUCAAAGAAGGAAACAUUAAAAUCUUAAUAUCAGUGACUAUCUUUCUAAAUAAAAUACCACCAGGAUUUAUCGGUUAAUUUCUCGCUUUCUGUUCAAAAUUUCUUUGGUAUUACUAAAAUUUAGCACACUUAAAGGGUUAGGCCUGCUCUCUUGGAUUAGAAUUUUUGGAUUAGCAAACCUGAAAUUCAAACAUUUGUUGGGUCAUUAUUGUAAAACAAAGCAUUAGGCAUAUGUAGUUUGUGGAUGGUAAAGUAGGGGAAUAAGGAAAGCAUGUCACUGAGCUUUGACUUCCUGAGUCACCAGUUAAUGGAGCCAUGGAAAAGCCAACCUGUGAUAUUUUCUUACUUCAGAAAAGAGUACAUUAAAAUGUGUUGGUUUUGACAGUCACAUGAGUUAAUGCCUGUGUUGAAAGCAUUUUGUAGAUUACAAAUUUAUUUUAGGAGUAGUGAAUAUAGAUAGAUUACUUAUUUUAAAAACUAAUCGUAAAAGGAGGAAAUAUAGGACAGUUGUUCUAAAGGGUCCCAAGAACAUUUGAAUUUCUCCCCUCAUGAAAUAACUGUUUAAUGUGCAAGUGCAGCAACAGGCUUAAGAUCCUGUAGGUCAGUUAGUAACAGGAAAAAAAGAUUCUGGGUACCAGUGACCAUGGAGGUUGGUUACUGCUGAGAUAGACAGAUAUAAAUACUAUAAUAUGUACGAUGCAUCUAAUAAAAUUACACGUGCUGUUUUGUCACCU